GUUCGACCACUUAUUAUCGAUGAUGACUGUCGGAAGGAAAGAUACAAUAAAGAUUAUCAUCAUGAGAUAGUUCAAGUCUCUGUUUCUAUUAAGAUAUAAUGGAUUGUCCAAUUUUUUGAUUAAUACUCACUAGAUUAUGUUGAAUAAUUGAAUAGCUUAUUAAAAUUAAUUAGUUACGACAUUAUUUUUAUGAUUUUCUAAAAAGUUAUUUACUUUAUACUUCAUUAUGGCAUUUUUGUGUCCUGUAAGAAUCCGCCGUGGGAAAAAGAAAAAAAGUGGUUCAACGAGUGAUUUGGAUAAAGAUAUUUUAAGGGGUAGUAAUAUCAAUGGUCCAGUACCUGGCAUGGGUCGUAUUACAGGCAGUGCAUCUAUUGAAACAUUGGUUCGUGUAGGUAUUGAAAAAGAAAAUGGUCUUUCGCCUGAUAGUAAAAUGGUUGUACUUCAUGAUUUUACCCCAUGUGUUGAUGAUGAAUUGACUGUCAAAAGGGGUCAGGUUGUAAAUAUUCUUUAUAGAGAAAAUGAUUGGGUUUAUGUUAUUGCUGAAGAUAGUCGACAGGAAGGUUUUAUUCCUCACUCAUAUUGUACUCCAUAUAAUUCUCAGUUAGGUGAAUUAGCUUUAAGUAAUGUAAAAAAGAAAUUACCUCGUGCACCAGCUGCCACUCCAACAGAAACUGUUGUAGAAGGUGAAAUUAAUGAUCAACUUAAACACGGUAAUUGUGGUGAUAUAUCUGAUUGUGAAAGUUUUGGCAAUAAAACAUUGGAUCAAAAAAAUCAAAACAAGUCAAACAUUAAUAGUUCUAGAGCAUCAUUAUUAAGUGCCUCAUCUAAUCCUGAUAUCCGUCCAUUUUUUAAAGAUCCAGCAGGAAGAUAUAUUGUGUUAUACACAUUUAUAGCUAGGGAUGAAAAUGAUGUAAGUGUUGAAAGAGGAGAAUUUGUUACUGUCUUAAAUAGAGAAGAUCCUGAUUGGUACUGGAUUAUUCGUAGUGAUGGACAAGAAGGAUUUGUCCCUAGUGGUUUUGUUUAUCCAGCUGAUAUAAUACAAGGUCAUAUUAGCCAAAUGAAUAAUAAUCAGUGUAAUGGCACAACUAAUACUGGUUUACCACCAGUAUCUCGAGCAAAACCACGUAGAAAUUCUGGCGUUGUAGAUGAUGACCCAGCUAUUCAUGGUACAGAAAUGGUUAUGCUGUAUGACUAUAAGCCACAAGCGCCUGAUGAUUUAUCAGUAAAACGGGGUGAAUGGAUUUAUGCAGAUCUUGACAAUCAAAUGGUUGAAGGAUGGUUAUGGACUUAUGCUCCUAAAACUAGAAAAUAUGGUUUUAUACCUAAAGCAUAUGCACAUCCGCCUGCAAUGACUAGUUUAUAAGAGAUUAUUUAUUAUUUUUAUUAGAAAAUUUUAAUGUUAUAUAACAGAAGUCUUAAACUUUAAGUUUGUUUUCACGUGUAAUACAAUAAAAAAAGAAAAAAAUCUAUUUAUGUUUUUAAUUAUUUAAUUAGAAAAAUGUAAAAUUUAACAAUAUGUAGCAUGUGAUCAUAAAAUUAAAAUAAAAUAUUCAAUUUAAUAAUUUGA